UCGCCAUUUUGACAUUUGUGAAAACUCUCGUGUCGUGGGAAUUUUGUGCGUCUGGAAGAAUUUAUAUUUUUGUGGAUAUUAUUAGAAACGUCCUAAAAUAACUUCAAGCGAUGUCUGAUAGAAAACGUUUACUCAACGACCUUAGGGUUAUAGACUUGCGCGCUGAGUUAGAAAAGCGUAACCUAGAUAAAAGCGGUGUACGCGGCGUGCUCAUCCAACGCCUAACAAAGCAUUUAGAGGAGGAGGGCCACGAUCCAGCAACGUUCAAGUUUGAGUUGACUACUCCUGAAGGUAAAACGCCUGUAAAAAAAACACGUCGUUCAGAAGGUGCCGCAGAACAGGAGGCUGAAGAGACGACUCCUACAAUGGAAGACAUGAUCGUCCAAGACGACGCAGGUGAUGAGGAAGAAACUGAGCAAACUGAAGAGGAGACCAAAGCUAACGACCACACGGAAGCCACAGAAGAAGCCGCGGACGAGAAAAUGGAAGUAGAUGAGAAAACAAGCAGGAAACGUGAAAGCAAAGAAGAGCCUGAAGCUAGUCAAGCUAAAAAACCAUGCAUUGAACCAGAAAUCAAGAGUGAGGAUGAUCCUAAAAUUGAAAAUAAUACAGAUGCUGAGGACAGCAUUAAUUUAGAUCUUGGAGAAGAUGAAUUGCUCAAUGAAGAGACUGAUAAUGCUGAAAAAGCGGACAAUAAUGAUGAUGCCGCUCUCGAAGAACCAGCCGAGGCCUCGGGCGACGCAUCGGCGCCGGCCGACUCCGCGGCACCUUCGGACUCCACCCCUGCCGACGAUCAACAAGUAAACAGCGAAGCCCCUGCCAUUAGCAAUGAUGGUGAAAAAACGGAAAAGGAUGAAAAAGACGAAAAGGAUAAGGAUGGCGAAAGUGAUAAAAAGGAAAAGAAAGAUGACAGUAAGGAAGGUGGCGCUCGCAACCUAUGGGUCAGCGGGCUGUCGGGCGACACUCGCGCUAAGGACUUGAAGCAGCUGUGUAGCAAGCAUGGAAAGGUGAUUGGUGCUAAAGUUGUAACUAAUGCACGGACACCAGGAUCUCGUUGCUAUGGCUAUGUUACCAUGGCUAGUCCGCAAGAUGCAGAAAACUGUAUCAAAAACUUGCAUAGGACUGAACUUCAUGGUCGAAUGAUAUCUGUGGAAAAAGCCAAGUCUGAGUCGGAAUCGUCGUCCCGGCGCCAACCCUCGCGCACGGAACGUCCCAGCAACGAACGCAAAGAGGAGGGCAAGGAGAAUGAGGAGGGUAAAGAAGGUGAAGAAAACGCCGAGUCCAAGCCAAAGAAAGAAGGCGAGGAAUCCGGAGAGGAAGGCACGCGGGCCACCUCGAGGACGCGGGAAAAGUCACAUCGCUCGGACAAAGACAGGGCAAAACGCAGCACAAGAAGCCGCGAGCGUAAACGGUCCCCAAGAGAAGUGCUGUCGUUUUCGAAAAUAUGGAAAGAGCGUGACGUGGCGCGCGCUCGCGAGCGGUCGCGGGCGGCGCGCGAGGAGGAGCGCCGGCGCCGCGCGGCCGAGGACGCGCUGCGCGAGCGCGAGCGCCGCCAGCGCGUCGAGAAGCACCGCCUCGCGCUCGAGCGGGAGAAGCUGCGCGCCGAGAGGGAAAAAAUUGAGAGAGAAAAGAAUGAACUUCUGCGUCUAGAACGUGAGAGACAUAGACUUGAAAGGGAAAAGCUGGAGCUGGAGAGACUGGAACUCAAGAGGGCACAGUUGAGGUUAGAGGAGGAGCGUCGCAAGCGCGGCUACGAGAGCAGCGCGGCGUACCGCAAGGCGGCCAGCCCGCCCGAGCCCGCCUACGAGCGCGACCAACGCCACAAGCGCGUGCAGCCGCCGCCCAUGUCGUCAAGCCGGGGCCAGUUCGAGGCGCCGCCGCCGCCGCGCUUCGAGUUGGGUGCGGGCUACGAACGCGGCGAAAAGCGCGACCGCGAGCGCGACUACAAGCGAGACUAUCAGCGGCAUGUGUCCUCUGGAAACAUGAAGUAUCCUAGUAAUGGCAGUUCAAAUGAUGACUCACGGCAACCGAUGCCUCCUGGAACGAGACCAAAGGAACCUGGGCGUUCAUACGACUCGCGCGACACCCGCUCGUACCGACCGUCGCCGCCAGGCAAGCCCGACCCGCGGUGGAACUCCUCCAGCCGGUAUCCUGACUCCGCAGCCGCCUCAAAGGGUAGCAGCAGCGGCGCCGGCGGCGAGGGCUGGGCGUCGGAGGCGCGCUACGGCGGCGCGUACGAGGCGCGCUACCCGCCGCAGUACCAGCCGCCGCCGCCCGGCGCCUCCUACCCCGACCGCUAUGCGCCGCCCGCGCGCGACUACCAGCGCAAAUACUAGGUAUUCUCACGGACUCGGCGAGGUGCAGACACAGUGUAAUCAAUUGAGUUUUUGAAAUUCAAGUAAAAGUAAUUGUGCACAUGGGAUAACAAUGCCUUUGUCAAUCAUUCCGUGUAAUUGUUUGCACUUAUGUAUUUGACUUCUAAAAUUAUGUGAUGCAUUAAAAGAUAAAUAGUAAAAAAAACAAUGAUCUUGCAUUGCCACUAAAUACUAUUAAGUUGAAUUAUUAUGUAAUAUAAUUAUUUAGGUAAUAUUAUCUAUAGAUUAACUGUAUGGUAAAUAAAAAAACAAUUGAAA